AUGCCGCUGUGCCUGAAGGCUGCUGCCGUCAGCAUGAGGGACUAUUGCCCCGCGGUGCCGCAGUAUGGCCGGUACGGCCGGUGCACGCCCCGGCUCCGGGCCUCCCGCACCGUGCGCUUCCCCAACGACGUCGUCUUCCAGGACCACAUCAAGCAAGGGGACCUGGAGCAGGUGGGCAGGUUCAUACGAGCCAGGAAGGUGACGCUGGACACCAUCUACCCUUCUGGCAUGGCAGCGCUGCACGCAGCCGUGCUGACGGGAAACCUGGACUGCGUCAAGCUCCUGGUGAAGUACGGGGCUGACAUCCACCAGAGGGACGAGAACGGCUGGACGCCCCUGCACAUGGCCUGCAGCGACGGCUACGCCGACAUCGCCAGGUACCUCCUGUCCCUUGGGGCCAGCCUGGAGGCCACCACGGACGACGGGGAGAAACCCUCGGACCUCAUCGACCCCGAGUACGAGGACCUGGUGCAGCUGCUGGGAGGCGCCGCGCUGCGCUGA